AUGGCGUCCAAAGUACCUCUAAUUACGCUCGAGGAGCAUUUCAUCUCACAGGCUGUGGUAGACUAUUACACGUCUCAAGGCAUUGAGACCAGCUUACCGGAUACAAUGUCCCACAUUAUGACCUCUCUUCGCGAAGUUGGCCCCAAACGUCUCAAGGCCAUGGACAACGGACGUGUGAGUCUACAAGUCAUCUCACAUCGGCCCAACACGAUCCCUGUCCCACCAGACGUCUGCAAAGCGGCAAAUGAUGAACUAUAUCAAGCGAUCAACGCCUCGCCUUCACCGGACCGCUUCGCCGCCUUCGCCAUGCUACCCAUGCUUCAUCCCGAAAUAGCAGCAAAAGAACUCGACAGAUGUGUCUCUGAACUCAAGUUCGUCGGCAGCCUAAUCGACAAUACCGCCAACGGGCGGUUUUAUGACGACCAAUUCUUCUGGCCCAUUUUUGCCGCGCACGAGAAGCUCGACGUCCCCGUCUACCUCCAUGCCAUCCCUCAACCCAUCACCGAAAGCACCCCGUCGCCCGAGUUUCACGGGAACUACUCGGCCAACGUGUCCAACUUCCUCGCCAAUCACGGCUUCCACUGGCACAGCGAAGUCGCCCUGCACGUGAUGCGCCUCUUCGCGAGCAAGCUCUUCGACAAGCACCGACACCUGAAACUCCUGCUCGGGCACAUGGGCGAAACGUUGCCCUUCCUCAUCGACCGAAUCCACAAGCUCGUCCAGAGGACGUGGCCUUCCGAGUCCAAACCCAGGCGCCACCUCCUGCAAGUCUGGCAUGAGAACAUCUACAUCACCACUGCAGGCAUGUUCUCCCUCGCGCCCAUGGCGUGUCUAAUCCACAUGUGCUGCGCCGACAAGGUCCUGUACUCUGUGGACUACCCAUUCUGCGCGCACGAGGACGGCGUGAAGUUCAUGCACGCGCUGCACGGAAGCGGGAUGAUAAACGACCAAGACUUCGAAGCCAUAGCGUACAAGAAUGCCGAAAGGCUCUUAGACGUCAGGAUUCCCAACGGCAACGACGUCGGGCUGGAAGUUGAUUGGGACGAGUCCGGCGCGGAGGGCGACCGGAGGCGAAUGCCCUGGUUGACCGCGAUAGAUAGUUCGAAUAGCGUCAACGGCGAUGGAUCCGCGUUUCCUCACAGUCCGCUUGACACGGUGCACGAGGAGAGAUGA